AUGCGCUCACUUUCGCACCCGCUGGCCUACGUGGCCAUGCUCCUUCUUCUACUCUUCGGUGUCCAGGUCGCCCACGCUGGCGAUGCUGAAGGCCCCACCGAUGUCUGCCUCAGUGCCUAUGAACCUGGAUGCGCAUGGCCCGCCCAUGAGUACACCAACGUUCCUUGCUGCCCUGCUGAUCGUCCGGUCUGUACCACUGUCAUGGGCCACACCGGAUGUUUUUCUCUUGAUGAAGUCGAGGGUGGUGACGUCGUCGCUCGUGACGGCGGCUACCCGUACUCGACCAUCACAUUGGACUUCGGCAACUCUGGAACUUUGUCUGCGGGUAUUCCUUCCAGCGUCACCACGCUGUCGGACUCGUAUGCGCCCAGCAUCACUGCGCCAGCAUCGGACCCUUCGUCAAGCCUGCUCGCAACCUUGGACACUGCCAGUUCUUUCGAGACGGUCUCAUCUGCGAUGGUUUCUUACGGUCCCGGCGAAAUCUUGGAUUCUUCCAAUUCGUUCUCAAGCCAGUCAAUCUUCACUGAUCCCACCCCCCUGGCUACACUACCCCUGCCCACCGUCACUGUGCACGUCACGACAUUGACUGUUGGUGUAAAUACUCAGCACCACUCCGUCAUCACGAGUUCCGCUACCAGAACCGUCGAGCCCUUUGUUCAUUCCUGGACUUCGGCUCCAGCUUCAGACCCCGUCUUCAUGGCUUACACGGAUACUGACUGGUACGGGCCCAUUACCGCGAGGACGACUCCAGUCGCCUCUCCUGUCGCUCGGGAGUUUACGAUCGCGGAUGACAACGUGGAUGCAAUCACUUUCCAUCCUCUGUCACCGGUAACUGACGGCUCGGGUUUGAUUCCUUCUUCGCAUUCCGACGCCUCUCUUGCCGCUCGGGAGCUCACCAGUAUCUCGAUUGCUGAGGGCGAUGUAACUACAAUCACUGUCAAGAACGCGCAGAGUACUUAUCCUCUGGCGUUGAUCACUAAUAGUGCAGCCUUGAUUCCGUCCUCAUGCAUCAACCUUGCCACGGCUACUGGCUCAGCUGGUACUCCGCUCUAUUACACUUUCGUUGCGCGUGGUUGCACGGAGGGCCCCGCCACGACAGUGUCCAGCACUUCAACCACGACUUCGACCUCAGUCAUCAGUUCAUUCGAGAAGGCUGCUGUCGCUUCUGAGACUCCCAUUGGCUCCGGUCUGGAUCCCUCGUCGGAGCUUGAGAAGACAACCAUAGCCACCACGACUACCGGCGCUUGCGGUAGUGCUGGCACAGUCACUGUCGUUGUUCAGGCGACACCCAGCACGUCGACCGUCACAAUUUGGUACAGCACCACGCCCACUCACUCCAGCACGACCUCUUCGAUUGCAGUCUCCAGCGACAAGCUCUCAUCUAACAGUGCUGCAUCCGCGGACCCUAGCAGCUCUGCUGAUGCAGCCAACACUGAAGUUUCAAUGAGCUCGGUCAUGCUCAGCAGUUUGUCGUCUAGUGUCGUCACACCCCCGAUGACACCGACGACGCCCAACACACAGGGCACUCCUACACCGAUGACGCCCAACACACAGGGCACUCUUACACCGACGACGCCCAACACACGGGGUACUCCUACUCCGACCGUCUUCAAUGGCGGCGCCGGUGGUAUCAAGGUCAGCCACAGCUUGCUGACCAUCCUCACCCUUGCUUUCUUUCUCCUCCAGUAA